AUGGCCGCAGCGGUCACUGCUGUCGUCUUCAUCCUCUCCGCCAUGAGUACACGAGCAUCUGCGGCACUCAUCGAGCAAACCUUUGUGGUGAGCCAGAUGAGAAUGACACACCUGUGCAGGGAGACCCUGGUCACCGUGGUGAAUGGGCAGUUGCCGGGGCCGAUGAUAGAAGCCACUAAAGGGGACUCUGUAAUAGUUCAUGUUGUAAACCAGUCACCCCACAACAUGACAAUACAUUGGCACGGAGUGAAGCAGCAGCUGAACUGCUGGGUCGACGGCGUGCCAAUGAUCACCCAAUGCCCCAUCCUGCCCAACCACAACUUCACCUACCGGUUCGACGUCGCCGGUCAGGAAGGAACACUGUGGUGGCACGCUCAUGUCUUCAGCCUCCGUGGUACCGUCCAUGGAGCCUUCAUCAUCCGGCCAAGACAUGGCGGCGCCAACUCGUAUCCGUUUCCGAAGGCUCAUAGGGAGAUCCCCAUCGUGAUAGGGGAGUGGUGGGAGAUGGACCUUGAACAGAUGGACAGUGAUUUCGUGCAUGGUUUCCUCGAUGACCAACCCAGUGCAUCCACCAUCAAUGGCAAGCUUGGAGAUCUCUUCAACUGUGAAGGAGCAGUGGAAGUUGGGUAUGUGUUGGACAUGGAGCCUGGAAAGACAUACCUACUACGAGUAAUCAACGCCGCCCUCUUCUCCGAGUACUAUCUCAGGAUCUCCGGGCACAAGUUCACGGUGGUCGCCGGCGACGCCAACUACGUGAACCCCUACCGCACCGACAUCCCCGCCAUUUCGCCCGGCGAGACGGUGGACGCCUUGGUUGUGGCCGACGCGCCCCCUGACAGGUCCUACUACAUGGUCGCCAAGCCCAUCCUCACGCCGCCGCCGGACCCCCAGAUCCCGGCGUUCGCUACAAGAGCGACGGUGCUGUACAAGUACAGCAGCAACCACAACCAUAGCAAUGGCGCGGCGGCCGCGCUGAGCUCACGUCGUCGUCGUCCAAGAUCCGAUGAUGCUCCAGUGGCGCCCGAGAUGCCCGACGAGUUCGACAUGAUGACGUCGUUCUACUUCCGCGGCAACCUGACCAGCCUGCGCCGGCGACACGCGCAGCACCUGCCGGCGGUACCGGCGCAGGUGGACGAGCGUAUGUUCGUCACGCUCGGGCUCGGAUCCGUCUGCCGGCGGCGAGGCCAGCAGUCCUGCAAGAGGGGGGACAGCGACGAGACCAUCAGCGUGGCGACCAUGAACAACGUCUCCUUCGAGCUGCCUGAUCUGAAGACCUCAAUGCUGGACGCGUACUACCGCAACACAAGCAGCAUGGACGACAAGGUGGUCGAGCUUCCUGACGGGCCACCGAGGAUGUUCAACUUCACCGACAGUGCCCUGAUGCCGACGGGGCCCGAGGAGGAGGAGCUGGAGCCGACGUCCAGGGCGACGGUGGUGCGCCGGUUCCGGCACGGCGCCGUGGUGGAGGUGGUGUUCCAGAGCACGGCCAUGUGGCAGGGUGACUCCAACCCGAUGCACCUGCACGGGCACGACAUGUUCGUGCUCGCCCAGGGGCUUGGGAACUACGACGCGGCGAGGGACGUGGCGAGGUACAACCUGGUGGAUCCGCCGGUGAGGAACACCGUUCUCGUCCCCAGGCUCGGCUGGGUCGCCGUCAGAUUUGUCGCCGACAAUCCAGGGAUGUGGUUCAUGCAUUGCCACUAUGAUUUCCAUUUGUCCAUGGGCAUGGCUGCAGUGUUCAUUGUAGAGGAUGGGACAACAGCUGACACUUCUCUCCCUCCACCGCCUGUAUUCUCAUCAUGUAGCCAUGAUAAUAGUCUCAAGCCUCAAGAAUUCUUCCUCAAAGCUAAAUAA